GUCCGGUACGAGUCUAUCAUCAGUGCAGUUCACCAGAUCGAACAGUCGACACAACUCAUCGUCGUCUGCGUCCGAAGUCCGAACGUUAAUUUCGAUUUCUGUAUUUAUAUUACCUACCUACGUAUAAAUAACUGUCAUCCGUCGCGUUUUCAAAAACCACCGUACAACACGCAAAUCCAACCAUGUGGACCGUCUUGUGUGUGAUGACAGUCGCGGCGCUGGUCGGACCCUCUUGCCAGCGGGCACCGGUACUCAUCACGGUCAAUCAUUCCUCCGACGAUGGCAAGCCCGGCGAUCUCAGCCAAUCGGCGUUUGCGGAUUACGUCAACUGGUGGCAAAACAUCAUCGGCAUCAUUAACCACCAAGAAGAACCCGCCGUUGAGGCUCCAAUAACGCCAGUCGAUCAGUCCACGUGCCCCCCGUGUACUUGCGGAGCUUUGGGUAAGAAAAACAGAAUCGUCGGUGGUACCCCCACGUACGUGCAUCAAUACCCGUGGAUGGCCAUGCUCACGUACAAGGGCAAAUUCUACUGCGGCGCGUCGGUUAUCAAUCACAAAUACGUCAUGACAGCCGCCCAUUGCGUACACGGAUUCGAAGCAAAAAAUAUCGGCGUACGACUUUUGGAACACGAUCGUAGCGAUACAGAGGAAGCCAAACACAUCGACUUCAAAGUGUUGAGAGUGAUCAAGCACAAGGGUUACAGCCCGACUUCUUACAACAACGACAUCGCACUGUUGCGGAUGGACACCGAUGGGGUUGAAUUCGGACCCAACACCGGUAUCAACCCGGUCUGUCUGCCAGUCGAAGGCAAGAGUUUCGCUGGUUACGAGGGCGUUAUCACCGGUUGGGGAGCCAAGAAACAGGGAGGUUCGUCUUCGCAGGUAUUGCACGAAGUGUACGUGCCGAUCAUGAGCAACGACGAUUGCAGAAAGACGGAAUACGACGAGAAGCGAAUUACGGCCAACAUGAUGUGCGCCGGUUAUGCGGAAGGCAAAAAGGACUCGUGCCAAGGUGACAGCGGCGGUCCAAUGCACAUCGCCAACAACACUGCUUACCACAUAGUCGGAGUGGUAUCCUGGGGAGAAGGAUGCGCCCAGGCCAACCGACCCGGUGUGUACUCCAGAGUGAACAGAUACCUGAAUUGGGUGGCCAACCAUACGUUGGACGCCUGUCCGUGUUCGAACAUUUACACUCCGUCAGAAUAAUAAUUCAUCUACGACCGUAUAGCUGCAAUGUUCAACUUGCAGUUAGGUAAUACACAUCACGGAAAACUUUUAUUUGGAUCUCACAUUAUCGCGACUCGCUAUUAAAAUCGAUAUCCUAUCAUUAUUAUAUAUUAUUAUUAUUAUUUUAUUUAUUGAUCAUAUAAUUUAUUGCAACACUAUUAUUAUUAUUAUUAUUUAUUAAAAUUGUAUUUAUUGAUUGAAUAAUUUAUCGCGACACUAUUAUUAUUAUUAAAUAUAUAUAUAUUAUUAUUAUUAUUACACUAAAUUAUAUAAAUGUACGAUUGGCGAGUCAAAAUAAACAAAAAUAUUUAUAUUCUAAAAA